UGAUCAGCUGAGUGGAUGCUGGCUGACCAUCAGUCAGCCCGCGAUGCCAUCGGAGGCGGCAGUGCGCUCCUGAGUGGCGGCAAUGGGCGAGUCGAAGGCGGCAGAGGCGGCAACAGGUGGGGGCGGCAUCACCAAAGUCAGUCUCGUCUCUUUGGCUCUCACCGUUCUGCUGGGCGCUCUGGUGACCGCCGCGUUCUUCUACCUGCAGCUGAGUGUUCGCACAGAAAAUGAGGCUCUCAGGCACCGAAUUGAGUCACUCGACCGACAGUUGACGGCCCUCAGUGAUGCUGUCGUCCAACUCAACAAUAAAACACAGGAGUUGAUUAGGAAGAGAGAAGAAGACCAGCGCAGAACAUACAAAGACGAGGAAGAUGUGGAAACGGAGGCUGAGUAUGAGGAUGACAUGGACCCAGAAUACGAUGAUCCGAAUGAGGAUGACAGCGAAUACGAGGAAGAAGAGGAAGAGGACUACGACCUUGUGCAGCCCAAAGGUGGAGCAGCAGCCAACAAAGAGGAGAGAAGCAAGAGGUCUUCAAAGCUGAGUGAUGAAGCUGAUUUGAGAGUAAGGGACCGAUUGCACGAAAGACACUCUACAGCCAAAAACUACAGAAAGAUUAGAAGACUAAAAAUCUCAGAUGGAGCAGGAAUUCAGAUGAAACAGAAGAAGAUGGAUUCAAUAGUUGAGGAUAAGUAUCCAGUGAUUCGCAGAAAGAGAGGAAAUAAUCGACGGCAGGAUGUAGAGGUUUUCACACAGAACAUGACUCCUCAAUCAAGUGAACUUAUUGCAGCACAUUUUGGAGCUGAUGAGACCAAGUGCCUCAACCAGCAUCAUUUGAGGCAUUAUUGUGAUAUCAAUCAUAGGCGAUAUCAUCCAGGGGGAGUGAUACAGGAUUGGAAUACCAUUUUCUCAUCCAGUAGUGCAUUGAACAUGAGAGAAGGAAAGUUGACUGUCAACAAUGCUGGAUUGUAUUUUGUGUAUGCACAAGUUUUCUACUCGAACGCUCAUGAUGUGAACAGUUUCCGCAUCAUCCACAACGAGCAGUCGAUAAUGCAGUGCACCACUUACACCAAUCACAACACCAACUCGGCACCGCGCUACUCCUGCUUCACGGGCGCACUCGCCUACCUCGCCGAGGGAGAUCACCUCUAUGUGCGAGACAUAGAGGAGAGGCGCCACACCCUCUUCGAGAGGACAAAGACAUUCUUCGGUCUCUUCAAAGUUGGCAAUACCUUGAUGGUAUGAGAGAGGGACAUUCAUAACAUUUAGGGGCGGUUUCCGAGCUCGGGAUUUAGCUAAGUUUUAGACUUUAAACAGCUGGAGUAAGAAAAUUGGCUUUCCGAAACGCGGCGUAGUCGUAGUCAUUGUAAAAGUCACGUUUGAAUUAAAUUUCAAAAAACUAGAAAAUUGAACACAAAAUAAAAUAAAGAGAAAAUAGUGUAAAGUUUCAGCUAUUUUGGAUUAUUUAGAAAUGUUUAAUUCCGUCAAGAAAAAACGUUUCCAAUUAUAGAAAUGAGAAAAUAAAAACUGCGACUACUGUUAUAAAAACUGCGACUACGCCCCGUUUUGGAAAGCGAAUUUUCUGACUCCAGCUGUUUAAAGUCUAGAACUUAGCUAAAUCCCGAGCUCGGAAACCGGCCCUAAAAAAUGUGAAUUACUGUAGUUUUACUUGGCCAGAGUUGGCAGUAUGUCAAUGUGUGAAAGAACCACUUGGAUACUGAUUAUAAUAUCGACAAAGUGUCAGUUUAGACCUGUUUAAAAGAUGCUGUAAAACGUUAAUCGUGUGAGAGAGCCACUUUGGAUAUCCUUAUGCUCGAGUAAAAUCAAUUCAAUUGGAUAAAACCAUAGAGAAAAGAUAGCAUAAGAGGAUAUUCCAUGGUAUAGGCAGGACUUCCUAUACACCGGACCUGCGCCUACAAGAAAAAAUAGCCGCCAUAUGUGGUGGCCGGCAUUGAUAUUAUAAACGGGAACUAGACGAACUGAGAUUUCGACAAACUGAAACACUCUCUAACAGCUGAUUAGUGAUUUUUUUCUCAGUGGGAAUUUCUAUAAGACCACCACAUACGGCGGCCAUUUUUUUCUAGGCUCAGGUCCGGUAGUAUGUAGGAGGUCCUGGUUUAGGAAGUUAAUGUUCCAAAUUCCAUGUUAACUCAGGCCGAGCUAGUAGUUCUUUUUCGUGAAGCUAUGUCACGCUAGUAGGUAGUUUCUCAGAAACUACAGAAUCAGACUAUAGAUUAUUCUUAUAGUCACUGUACUCAUACUGUGCUGUUUACACUAUCAUCCGCUAAAACAGUAAUAAUACAAAAAGUCAAUAGUGAUCGGCUUGAGUUAAUAUAAAAUCGACUUCAAAUUUGAAACACAAAUGACCUAUACAAUGGGGUAUCUUCAUACUAUCUUCAAUAAUUGUCUUCUUUCUUUAGGGCUACUUUUGAUAUAAAUAAAAAUAUAAAUCUCAGUACCCUUUUAAAUUAUUUGAUUUUUUGAUAAGUGAUUAUCAGAUGUCCGAAACAUGUGACAACAUAAUUUAAAAGGUUACUGGGAUUCAUAUUUUUAUUUAUACUAUCUUCAAUCUAUGAAAAAACACAACUGGCGUGUAUCAAACGAUCCCCCAUACAUAACAAUUAUAAUAAAGGUUUGUAGAUUGGAGCGUGUAUGGGCCCCUUGAGAAGUGGAAUUGUCAUCCAUCACUUGAAAGAGCUGAAUCACUAGAUUUCUGAGCAUUAUGAUCAAUCAUUAGAUAAUGAUCUUUAUUAUCAUAGAGCUCUUCUGAUAAAAAUGUGACAGAGCUUGUAAUUCAAUGAUAGUGUGAAGUUAAAAUGAAUUUGAAUUUGAAUUUAAAUUUCUAUCCAUGAUAACAAGAUCAAAUGAAAUUCAAACUGAUUUUCUUUUGUAAAAUUUACAAACAAGAUUUAAUCUUGUUCACGAGUAGUAGAGUGGUCAUCAGUCAAUUUUAAACCAAAUUAUUUAUUUGUAUUAGGAGUUAGGUACCUACUACUGUAAUGUUAAAAUAGAUUCACUAAACAUUUUAGGGAACAGAAAAGCUAAUAACACCUACAUGGUAUAAGUGAUUAUAUAUCUUCAUACCAACAAAAAAUAUCUUGCGACAAUCCAAAUAAAUGUAGUAAAUCCAAACAUGAUCUUCUUUUGGGGUGACAAAAAUGAUCUGAUCUGAACUGAUCUUGCCUUGUGAAGUGGCCUUCUAUCGACCUUUAGACCAAAAAAUGAAAAUCAUAGUAUUAAUGUAUUUUAUAUUUUGAGAUAUAAUUUAUAUGCGCCAUACUCAUUGAAGCAGCGGAGUUCAAGAAUUGUUCCAUUGCUGUUUGCUCUUGUGUUUACAUUGCUUUUGUCAAAUUAUUAUGUAUAUUCUGUACAAAAAAAUCAAAUUGGAAUGUAUAUUUUCUGAUAUACUGCCAAAUGUGAUUGUCCAUGACAAAUUUAUUGUAUUAGUGGUGAUGCUACUUUGAACAUUAACAUCUAGUUAAUAACUUUAAUAAUUGAAGGAUUACCAAUAAUAUUUCAAAUGCACCAGACUUGUAUGAAAAAUAGCCAUCAUCCAAGAAUGAAUCCUACUGUGGCUAUUGAUGAUAAUGAAUGUACAAACCAUAUUUUUAAACAGUUGAUGAAAUCCUAGAGAAACGCAUAAUUGACGGAAAGUAAAAGAAAAAUGCUGACAUUUCAAACAUUUAAACGUACUACUGAUCUUCUCUUGAAAUCAAACCUUGUCAUUAAAGUGGAUUGAACUUAUUCUUAUUGAAUGCUAAGUCAUUGGCAUGAAUUUGAAAUGAAUUUAAAUUUGAAAUUCAUUUGACAAUGAAUUUGAAAUGUUCUACAGUUUAAAAAUCUUUUGUCUAAUAUACACAAAAAUAGCAUCAAGUUUCAUAAAUAAAUUGAAGCUUGAUGAUACUUGAGUACUGCUACCAUAUGACAUUUGUCAUACUGAGUGUGAAAUAAUAAUAAUUCCUUAUUAUUGAAAUUUCAUAAUCCAAUAGACUAGUCAUUAGUGGAGUAAUAAGUGAUAUGAAACACUAGCCUAUAUCAUGAAGGUCAAAUUUAAGAACUAAUUUUUAUUAGUGUUAACACUUAAACCAAAGACUCGUUUUAAAAAAUAUUCCGUGAUUAUAUAUAUGAUGAAGAAAAAUAAUGAGGAACUUUUAAAAAAAGGGUUUGAGCAUUCUCAUUAUUAUAGUCAUACACGGAAAUUUUAUGAAAUUUUGCAUGAACUUGUCGACAGGGACAUGCAUGGCAACAAUCUCGCUUAAUUUUUUGUUUGACGAAAUUUAUACCUUUCUAAAUGAUAUACCCCUACAUAAAAACAUGAUAUUUGAGAGCAAAUAUUCAUUUGUAUUUGAAUCAAUAAGUUAUUAAAUGAAGGGAAUGGAGAAAGGUUGGAAACCACAUUGGAAGUCCAAACCUUCGAAUUUCACUGAUUCCCAAAAAAAUCGAAUGUCAAAACUAGAAAUGACUAAAGAAAAGUUUCUUAUGCUCUCUAUGCUCAUACAGAACCUUAACUGGUUUUUUUGAAAACAAAUUGUUCAAGUGAACUUGCAAUUAGAUAAUUUUAUAGUCUUAGUGUUGUUACUAGUAAAAUUUAACAAAAUAAUGUUAGUUUGUCUAUGUGUAAAAAAUCUUUUGUACAGUAUUUUUUCUAUAUUAGAAAAUACGUGCCAUAUUUUUCUAGUCGUAAUAAAUUGGAAAUGAUAUUCUUGAGUAUACAAUGUUCGAAUAAAUUUGGUUUUUAUGAAUUAAAUGAUGGAAA